AUGUCCGUUGUAGCCAGUCGCAGAAGUAGCCGUACCCACAGCCCACGUAGAGGUGUCGUGCUUCAGAGCCAGAUCACCACCAGCACCACAGAGGUGAAGACCUCUCAGUCUCAGGUGACCGACCUGAAGAGGACCUUCCAGAGCCUGGAGAUUGAACUGCAUGGCCUGCUCACUCAGAAGGGGUACCUGGAGCAGAGCGUCGUUGAUAUAAACGGCCGCUAUGGCUCCCAGCUGAGCCAGCUGCAGGUUUGUAUCAACAGCAUGGAGGAGGAGCUGCAGCAGAUCAACGUCAGCAUCCAGCAGCAGGCCUCCGAGUACCAGAUCCUCCUGGACAUCAAGAUGAGGCUGGAGAUGGAGAUCGCUGAGUACAGGAGGCUGCUGGAUGGAGAGGGGCUCAGGCAUGUGGAGACCAGACAGGAGGUCAGGAAAGUGAUCGUGGUCGAGAAGGUCCAGGAAGUACAACUCCAGGAAGUGGUGGAAGAGUAUUACCCCCACAUAAAGAAGUGUGUGAGGGUGAUUGUGGAGGAGGAGGUGGUGUCCACCGUAGUUGAUGAGAAGGUCCAGGAAAUGAACGAACUGAGAGGUUGA